AUGUCUUCGAAUCAGGGUAACAUAAUUGCCGGUGGAUCAGGUCCCCGUAAGUAUCUCUGCAACGAUUGCAGUCGAACGUUCGCGUUGAAAGCUUCACUGCUGCGACAUAAGGCGUUUGAGUGCAACAAAGGUCGACAACCGUACGAGCGACAAGUCGUCCAGGACGAAUAUGACAGGAGGAAGUCGAAGAAGAAGCACGUAUGUGUCAAAUGCAAUCGCGUUUAUGCGUUUUUUACAUCGCUAUGGCGACACCAGAAAUACGAGUGCGGCGUGGAGCCAAAAUUCGUCUGUCCUAUUUGGUUCGUGUUGUAUGGAUGUCAGAAGCCGCAAGACGCAACGAAUUGUACGUUGACACCGUUGACACUACUGACGUGCCCGCAGUGCGGGCGAACGUACAAGAUGAAACGCAACCUGAAGACCCACAUGAAGUUCGAGUGCGGCGGCCAGAGGAACUUCUUGUGUCACUUGUGCCCGUCUAAGUACACGCAAAAUAUCAGUCUGCGUCGUCAUCUUUUACAGAGGCAUAACAUUUACCUGCCGCCGAAGUACUCGGCCCCUAAGCAGCUGCUGUCGGUACUUGCCACGGAAAGCUUGGUAGAUGAAAUCCCCAAGAAUAAUGUCAAAACAAUCUUCAAUUGUCAUCAGUGCGGCAGAACGUAUCAAAUGAAAUACAAUCUAGUGAAACAUCUGAGGUUCGAAUGUGGCGGGCAGAAACCUUUUGCAUAUCUUUACGAGAGCUUUCACACACCUGAAAAUCCCAUUGUCUACGACCGAAAAGCUCGUGAUGCUGCAUCCACGAAGAUUGCCAGUGUUGAAAUGAAUGCGAGAAAUCGCAGCGGUGAAAAUCACCAGCCUAUCCAGUGUGUCGCCUGCGGGAAGAGGUACUCGCUAAAGCACAACUUGGCAAGACACGUGCGCUUCGAGUGCGGCGGUCAACGAAGAUUUUCCUGCCACCUCUGCCCGAACAAAUACACGCAGAACGUCAGUCUGCGUAGGCACCUGACCCAUCAUCAUAACGUUGUGGUGCCCGUGAAGAAAAGACAUAGCAACACGAGGAAGAUACACGACUAUCAUCUUCGUCUUCUUCCAGAUGCGUCCUGGACGGCCGUUCAGUCGGGACCGCCCCGGAAGUCGCGGCACGCAAAUUACCUGAAGGACGAGGAUCUCGCCCUUAAGUGCCCGCGGUGCGGCCGGGGUUACAAGGUCAAGCCCAGCCUGUCGAAGCAUUUGAGGUACGAGUGCGGCGGUCGCAAGAACUUCUUCUGCGAGCUAUGCGGGCGCAGUUUUACGCAGAACGCCAGUCUGCGCCGUCACCUGAUGCAGAACCACAACUUUUAUCAGCCGCCGAGAACACAGUGUGUCCGGAAGAUCGUCAAGUGAAGAAUUCGCCAUCUUGUUAUCUGAAGAUCAUCCAUUCUUGAAACGUGCAGGCCUCGGGUAGAAAUUCAUUUGCUUACGGGAACGGAAAUCUUGGAAGACGACGUCCCCGUGAAGAAAUGACUCAAGUGGACUUUAAUGAACCGUACGACUUCCCGUGUCUUCUUGCGAAGAUUGUUACGUAGUUUACCUCCGAAGAUUAUAGCGCUCCGUAGAAGAUUAAGUGAAACUUGUAACACACAUGUACAUCCCAAUCCACGCAGUGAACCUACGUACACAUAUGAAGAUCCAUCACACGAAGAAAAUAAUUGUAAUAGUAUGUCUUACACAUGAUCCGCGCAAAUAAUAAAGUUGUAGAUGCUGAUAACAUUUCGUGCCUAGAUUCACAAAGAAUACAGAAUAUAUACUAUUCAUAGUAGCAAACUUAACAAUAAAUCAGUCGACAACGA